CAUCUGUUCAGCUUCGUCAGCUUCAUGCAUCAUGAAGGCAAGCAUAUCGUGACAAAGCAAGCACUUUACAUAAAAAUCUGUGAAAUACGAAGAAAAGAGCCCCCUCGAGCUACGACGACCCACCAAAGCGUAGGCUACGCGUGGUGAUCUUCUAAUUGUAGAUGAUGCGGCCCCAGUCUAUUCAGCGCCUCGUCCAGAAACGGGUUUGUGAUCGUGAGAACUAGACGUGGACUAAACUGGAGUUCCGUAGCCUCUUCACGAAAGCCUUACCGCCUUGCUAGACACAGAGUAUAAAAGAUGACUGACCAGCUUGAGAAAGACUCCAGAUCAUAACAAAGCUCACAAAGAUCACAAAGAUCAUUGUCUUUUUCCCAAUCAUCAAACAUGCGCGCCUCAGUACUUGUCGCAUUGUCUUCCUUCAGCCUUGCGGCUUUGGGCUGCUCCAAAGUCUCCAAGGUCACCCACACCUUUUACGGAUACCCAGAUAACGAUCCUCCCGGUCCGGCCACCGCCUACGACUGCGGCCGCGGCUACAAGGCUGGCGGUACAGGUACCUAUGCCGACCCCUUGACAUUUGCCUCGGCCCCUGGCGAAUUCACACAAUGUGAAAUCAUCUACGACCCAUACACGAAGAAGUAUCUUCGUUUCGAGGACUACUGCGCUCAAUGCACUACCGACUGGGACGCUGGCAUCCACCACAUUGACCUGUGGACUGGUAGCACAACUGUCAGCGGAGGUAACGAGCAGAUUGAAUGCGAGAAUGACCUCACGCCGGGUGAGAAGAGCCAGACUAUUGUGAGGCAGCCACGAAAGGAUCUUCCGGUAGAUUCGACUAAGCUUUACGUCAAGGGUGGCAGUCCGGCGUGCAGAACUAGCCACAUAUACCCCACUUACAACAUUGCCGAUUACUGCUAGAUACGUAGUAAUCGAUGCAACAUUGGUGAUGGCAGAUAAACAUUGCGGGAGUCCGGUCGAUCUUAGAUAUUGUACAGUCUUUUCCGUAGAACAGUGUUCUUAGAAGCAAUACCAAGCUUGCCUGUAAAGCAGUAUGAUUCUCUUGGCCAUAAGGCUUAGCGAAUGAGCCUGUCAUCUUCGUAUCAAUUCUCCCUAUCGUGUGUGACAGGGGCGUGCAGGACAG